UUGAACGCUUCCGUAGUUUUCCCAACAUUUUAGUUAAUGUUCGGUUUUUUCCUGCUCACAGUAGAAGAGUUUGCGGAUAAUUUUACUAAAAAUGUUUCGUUGUGGUUUUCUUAUUUUUGCAGCUUGGCUUUCUCUUAGUUCGUCACAGUUUGUGCCACCGUUUACUGAAGACUGUAGAACAAAUAUGUAUCCUCCAAAGGGCCCCACGUUCAAAGGAGGUGUCGACUGGUACACGGUGGACCUCGAUUUACCACCCAACAAGAGAUGGACAGCACUAAUUACUGCAAAAAGAGCAGAUCUGGCCGACAUGAUCAAGGCCAUCAAAGACUUGGCUAAUGCUUUUGUGCCGAGUGGAAAGCUGAUUGAGUUGGUUGACAUUGCUUUGCCUUUGAUGUCAGACACAUUGCCAUACCCCUUCAGUGAUGAAAUUAAAGGAAUUGCAGCUGUUUCGGAAAUACCACUUGGCGAAGUCAUGUUGUACAACAUCUUCUAUGAGAUUUUCACCGUGUGUACCUCAAUCGUUGCAGAGGACACCAAUGGUAAUCUCUUUCAUGGAAGAAAUUUGGAUUUCGGACUAUUUUUGGGCUGGGAUGUAAAAAACAAGUCAUGGAUCAUAAGUGAGAAGUUGAAGCCUCUUAUAGUCAACAUUAACUUUGUAAGAAAUAACCAGACGGUCUUCAAGUCGACCAACUUUGUUGGAUACGUCGGCAUGCUAACCGGCAUCAAGCCUUAUAAGUUCAGCUUGACUAUGAACGAACGCUUCAGUAUUGAUGGCGGCUUCAUCGGACUCCUGGAAUGGAUUCUGGGAAAGAGAAGUGGCAUGUGGAUGAGCUUCCUGACUCGAUCUGUACUCGAAAAUGCUACCAGUUAUGAGGAGGCCAAGACCCGCCUGGCUCAAACUGAGCUCCUCGCUCCAGCCUACUUCAUCAUUGGAGGAAACCAGACGGGCCAGGGCUGCGUCAUCACCAGGUCCAGACUCCUCAGCCUUGAUAUUUGGGAGAUCGACCUGAAGCUGGGCCGCUGGUAUGUCUUGGAGACAAACUAUGACCACUGGGAGGAGCCUCUGUUCCUGGAUGAUCGCAGAACUCCUGCUAUGAAGUGCAUGAACCAAACCACAGUGAAUAACAUCUCACUGAAGACUAUGUACGACGUGCUGUCAACCAAACCUGUGUUAAACAAGUUGACAACAUACACAACCCUGAUGCAAGUGUCCGAAGGCAAACUGGAGUCUUAUAUCCGGGACUGUCCAAACCCCUGCAUGCCCUGGUGACCCUCCGACGACUAAACUCUGAUCGGUUUGUAAAUUCUGAGACACUAUGCAGGGUGAGCUGAUACUGAUUUUACACUCAAGGCUUUUCUGUUUUUAAGUGUUUUCACAACUUCAGCUUUUCCUCACUGUUGACAGACUGCAGUAAAUCACUAAAAUGUUUUUUUUUUUUGGUUUUGUUUUUUACUAAUCAAACUCAACUCUUCCAUCACUUAAAAGUUCUAAAUUGACAAACCAUUUGCAUUGUGCCAAAAAAGUAAUUGUCAACAUGCUUGUAGAUUUCAGAACAUCUGAUGGUCUCCACAUUGUUAAACUUGGUUCCAUUUGUGUUAAAUUUAAAUAAAACUGAAAUGUUCUAGGCUUCAGCUUUAAAUGGUUUGUGAAGAGCUGAGUUACAGGGAGUUUUACCUCAUCUGACCACUUCUGUUUUCUCUUCAAAGUCAGGUUUCUCUUUCAGGAGUUGUACCAAUAUUUAAACCAAAGUUUGACUGCAGGUGUGUAUGCGAUCUUCAGGCCACCUGUGUUUUUGGAUAGUACACCUCAUCUGCAUCAUUCCAGUUCACCCAGCUGUAAAUGGGUACCAGCCUUUGCUGGAGAAGUAAUCUGCAGUGGAUAUAUCCCCUUUGGGAAACGUCUCUCUAAUUAUUAAUUCCCAAUACAGUGUCUAUGGAUAAAUACUGGUCCAGUGAGACUCAGGGCCUGUUUGUGAAGUACAACUUAUCAGGAGCCAUUGUGAAGCAUCAUGGUAGACUUUACAUCAUUAGGGGAGGGCAGAAUCUACAGCCACAAAUUAAGCUUUUGUUCUUAAGGUCCACCAGAACUUCAGCAUCACAACUGAGGAACUGAGAGUUGGAGGUAUCAUCUUGAAAAGCGACAUUAUCCAUCUGUAGGAGACCACUCAUGAUGUGCAAAAAACCUUAGAACUGUAGAUGCCAAAAGUUCAGUUGGCCAUCAGGGUGAAGACAACACCCCCAAACAUCAUUUUUGGAUAAGCGGUUUUAGCUGUGCAGCUUUUUGUUGUUGUUGUUUGUUUGUGGUAAUGGCGAAGAUGUUGCAUUUCUGAUGCCUUCAUCAGCUCCUCAGUUGUGAUCCUGAGGUUGUGAUGGACCUUUACAACAGAUGUUUUAAUUUGGGCCUCUUUCCUCAAUGACACAUUUAUAUGGUCAACGUUUUAUCUCCCAUCCCCCGCCUGAAGGGAUUCUGUCUGUUUGUCCCAAAAAGAGUAUAAGCAUUCUGAAAACAACUUCUCACAUUUUUAGGUGUAAUUUCAUGAAUCUUGGUACAAAUUCUUGUUAUAGGUUGGUAAUAUGCAAUAUGUAAUGUACAAAAUUGUCAAAUUUUGGCAGUUAUGGCCCUUGAUUAACAAAUCCAGACACUGUCAGUUUCAUGAGUUGGGGUCUGCAUUCUGGAAUCAACUAUCACAUACGUUGAAAUGUUACCAGAAUGUAGCCUGCUUUUGUACCAAAGCAAUGUUAGCCAGUGGGGGAUACUGUGCUGUCAGAGUACUCAUUAUAUGUCUGUAUAAUAGACUGUACAGUUGAAGGCCUUGAAGGAAGAACCAGACUUGUUGAGCAAACACUUUUUCCUGACUUGACGCACAUUGUUUGGGUAAAUGGAUAAGUAUGAGAAAAAUGCACAGGCGUAUGUACACAUGUAUGUGUUUAAAUUAGCUUUUCUCUAUGUACAGUAUAAAAGGUUUCACCUCAGAGGUUUGUAACAAACUGUGCUGUGACUGAGGAUGAGAAGCUGCCUGACCAGAAAACUUUAGGAUUAAAUGAGAACGCAAAUGCUAAGUUAUUGUACUACAUGCACAUAGUAUGUGCAUGUUUAGGUAAACCUGUGUGGGUGGGCUUUACCUCAGAUACUGCUUCAGCUGUCCCCCUCUUCCUGAUCAGUAAAUAAUGGAAUUUUGUGUCAUGAUAUAUUGUGAAGUUUUCUGAUAUUAAACUCUUGCUGUUGUAAUAUUU